AUGGCUGAGAUUGAGCUGAAAACUGCACCAGCUGAUUUUCGAUUCCCAACUACCAAUCAAACACGACACUGUUUCACCCGAUACAUUGAGUUUCACAGAUGCGUAGCUGCGAAGGGUGAAGAAUCUGGUGAUUGUGGAAAGUUUGCCAAGUACUAUCGUUCCCUUUGCCCAGGUUUAGUGGGUUCUUGCUGUAGGGUUUCAUGCCUAUUAUGGGUAUAUUUAGUGGUAAUGUUCUUGUUGAUUCUUCUAUUGUUUUGCUUCACAAUCUUUGCAUUUGUGGUGACAAAUAAGGGGGCUGGUGAGGCCCUUUCUGGUAGAGGGUAUAAAGAGUACAGAUUGGGGGGUUAUUCAGAUUGGCUGCAGAAAAGGGUUAAUAAUGACAAGAAUUGGAAUAAGAUUAGGAGUUGUUUGCAGGAUAGUAAGAUUUGCCAGAGGCUCCUUGAUGAUGGUUCGUCCACCAGAGUUGAAGAUUUUUACAAAGAACACCUUUCUUCCCUUCAGUCUGGUUGCUGUAAGCCAUCAAAUGACUGCAACUUCCAGUACAUCAGCCCAACCAACUGGACUCGGACUCCAACCCCAUCCUUGACUAAUCCCGACUGCACUGACUGGAGCAAUGAUCCGAGCAUCUUGUGCUAUCACUGCCAAUCUUGCAAGGCAGGGCUGCUGGACAACAUUAAGAGGGACUGGAAGAGGGUGGCUGUUAUCAACAUCAUUUUCCUCAUCUUCCUCAUUAUCGUGUACUCUGUUGGAUGCUGUGCAUUCAGAAACAACCGGGAAGAUAAUUCAUGGAAACGGUACCCUUGA